GUGUGUGGCCGUGGCAGAAGACGAACUCCCUCCCACAUCGAGACGAGAAGGAGCAACUGGAAGCAGGAUCAGUUCAAACCACUUCGAGUCACUCGAGCGAACUGACUGACUGUGUGUAUAUCGCUUUUGCGCCUAUUCGACUCGUUCACUCGGCUUAAGUUUACAUUUAUUUUUUUUCUAUUCAAUCCGUCGCGUAUUUCAUUCACAGUGCAGUGCACGACAAAUUGACAGAAACGUUAAUAUUAAUUUCGUUUAAAAGAAAAAAGGAAAAACUAUUCUAGGUGUUUAUUUGUGUUGUUGACAAAGUUUGGUGAUAGUGUUGGUGAAUUUUGAUGGGGGUUUUUGUUUUUUUUUGUUAUUGAUUAUACCUGUAUAUGAAUAGAGUGUUGCAGUGAGAAAUAUGUUCUAGAUGGAACGAGGAUUGUGGAAGAAGGUACCGAGAAUUUCGAGUACCUAAUCAGGAACUUGAUGUGAUUAUGUGCACGACGGAAAUGACGGAAGCGUUUACAAUGUCGCCGUCGACAGCUUCUUCCAGUGGUACAACCACUGUUUGUUUGGGAUCGCCUAAUCAUCAGCGAUUAUCGAGAAGAAAUUCGCCUAAUCGACCCCCUGAGAUACAGGAUGACGAUGAUGAGAUUUCGGUUGGUUGUCCAAGUCCACUGCCACUUGUGGUCGUCACACCAAAUGAUGAUGAGGAGAGACUGAGUUCAUCGAGAGAGGAAUAUAGCGAGAGACUGAGUCCAAGGAGUUACCAGGAUACAAUUAUUGACGAUGAUGACAGGUACUCGAGGGAUGAUGAUCAUUAUAGAAUUCGUGAUAGAAUAACCGGUUCGCGAAUAUUGGGAAGUGAUGUGACAUCAUUGAGGGACAUUGAUGAAGAGACUGAGGACGAUGGGAGAAAUCGAAAUGGCAAUGGUAACACGGGCGGUGCCGAUGAUUAUUUUAAGCCUUUAAAACGACUGAAAAUGGUGCCGAUUCAACAGUCGGACGAAGAAGAUGAACGUGAGAGGGAAACAAAUGAACGUGGUGUUAAAUCUUUCAGUAUUCUUGAUAUUCUAUCUCAUAGACCAAAGGCUAAAAUUGUGAGACCAUGGGAUACGGCCGAGUCAAAUUUAAAUCAUCAUCGACAACAUCCACAUCAUCAUCAUCAUCACCACCACACGCCACAUACGGGACCUAGAGAUCUUUCCUUAAUGGGAAUGUCAUUGGCAUCUAUUUCCGGAUCCAUCAGUGAACCACCAUUAAGUAGUUCCUCUUCGUCCGGUAGGAGUUCAGUUUCCGAUUCGGGAAGUCCUGAUCCUUUGGUGCAUCAUCAUCACCAUCAUCAUAGUGUUCAUCAUGGAUUGCAUCCAGGUUUACAUCAUCCGGCGAUGCAGCAACAAUUUAAAAGAAAAGCUUCUCAGCAACACAAUUCACAAAGUGGACAAAAUGGAAAACGACAACCGGGACAAGGAAGUCCUCUUGAUGCUCUCUUUCAAAUGACGAGCAAAACUUUCGAUGCUGGCGAACACAGUCAAGAGCAAGCUAAUCAUUUGAAUCUCUUCAACAAUCGACAACAACCGAAGAAAAAACGAAAGAGUCGAACAGCAUUCACAAAUCAACAAAUAUUCGAAUUAGAAAAACGAUUUCUCUAUCAGAAAUAUUUAAGUCCAGCCGAUAGAGAUGAGAUUGCAGCACAAUUGGGUCUUAGCAAUGCUCAGGUGAUCACGUGGUUUCAAAAUCGACGAGCAAAAUUAAAAAGGGACAUGGAAGAGCUCAAAAAAGAUGUGCAGACUGUAAAUCCACUUAUUGUGGCACAACAUCACAAAACAUUCCUCGAAAAUGUUCAAGAUCUCGGAAUUCUGAAGAAGAGGCCACUACCAAAUUCGAUGGAUGAAAAAUUAUAGACCAUUUUGUUUUCGUCCCUCCCCUAACACCCCUUACCCACCUGAUAAAAAAUUUAAAAUUAAAGGCUAUAUAUAAUAUAAGCGAGAAGAAACUGUUUUUUUUUUUUUUCAUGAAAAUAAUUCCCAAAAAAAAAUAAAUGUACCUUUUUUAAUUCUAAUGAAAAAAAAAAAAAAUUAUUCCCAUGACAAGAAAAAUGUUUAUUUUUAAAAAAAAUUAAAUGAAAAAGAACUGAAAGAAGCUUUGAAGUGCGAGGCAUAUAUGAAUAUUCAAAAUUUUUCCUCUUUUUAAAUUCUCUCAUUACUAAAUGAAAACACAUUUAAUUAAAGAGGACAACGCCAAAAUAUUCCCGUCAUAAUUUCUCUUAAAAAAAUAAAACGAAAUUAAAAGAACAAAUUUUCACUUACAAUUGCAGUACAUAAUUACUUUUGUUUGACUGUUUAAAAAUUAAAAUUUCGAUGCACAAAUUGAAUACUAUUGUAAAAUAAGAAAAAUUAUUUCGCAAUUUUUUUUUUCAAAUUAUUAAAUACCCAGUGUUUAAUAUAUAUAUAUCUAUUAAUCAGGUUUAUUUCAAAAUAAUUUGUGUUCAGUAUAGCAUUGAAUUUACAAUGUAUUUAUUAUUUAACGCAUAAGUUCAAAACUCCAAGAAACAAACGAAAUAUUAAUACAAAAAAUUGAACUAUCGAUAUAGACAAUUAUCAAUUCAAACAUACAAAAUGAAAAGAAAUUAUGACAUUAUGUAUUUGAAAAUAAUACCAAAUUACCCUAUAAUUAAAUAAUUAAACAAUUUUUUCCAUUAAAAAAAAAGAGACUUAAAAUUUUCUGAAAGAAAAAUUCUCUCUAUAUAUAUAUGUCACGCUCACUAUAUUUCUAAUCGAUAUAUGAAUCUUUGAAAAAGAAUAAAUUGUUAUAAUCAAUUUUAGGUAGAAAUAUAUACGGCAUAUAAAAGUUUAUGUAUAUCUUAUUGUCUGUAAAUUUGUAAGAUCUCAGUGAAAUAUUAUAUAUGUAAAGAUUUUUAUAUUGUGCGACUAUACUGUCCCAAAAAGCAAUUCAAUUUGUGGGAAUAAUGUAUAUACACUGAAAAAAUGAUAUUCUUUAUUUAGAAAUAUAUAUGACAAUUUCUAAAAUAAAUUUUUUCAUUUUAAGAAUAUAUAUAUAUAUAAUGUAUGUGAUUCUAUUUUAUUUAUUUUUAAUUUAAGAAAAUUUGUCAUCUUCUAUAUAUGUUGAGAAAUAUUCUAUAAUUUAGAAUAUAACUUUUUCAGUGUAACAAAGCAACACUCAAUUAAUGAGUCUAAUUCCAAUGUGAUUCUAAAAUUAACAAUUAAAUUUUCUCGAUUCGCUUAAAAUUCUAGACAUUAUUAUAUAUAUAGAUGAAUCUCCUGUUGUUAAAACAAAAUUCCCAUCUUCGCUUUAAUAUGGAACAUUUGUGGCGAUCGAAUUAGGUGGAUGUAUUAUAAUGUAUUUAUUAUAUAAAAAGAAAAUUGAUGUCCGCAUGAUCGGAUUAAAUCGAUGAUAAUAAAUUAUUAGUAAAUAUAUAUAUAUAUAUAUAGUUCGUAAAUUAUGAGUCGCUUUCACCGGCUGUCUCGUGUACAUAAUAUUGUAAAUAGCAUAUUUGUCAUUAAUUAGAAGAUUUUUUUUUUCCCGUGUAUAGGUAAACGUAGAGCCAUAUAGAUGGGGCACUGCAAUAUACCUAAUUGUCAGUUUAAUUAGGGAGUUUUACGAUUUUGUAUGAUGUAAAUUCUAUCGUAUAUGAAUGUUAUAUUCCAGAUGACAAAUGAACCUGUGAACCAAGGAGAAUGUCUGUACAAACAAGAUUAGGACAGUGUAUAGUGAUCCAAAAAAUAAAUAGAAAAUUCAUUAUAUCAUAAUUAUA